AUGUCGGAAACAAUGAAGACCUGGCAGUACUCUGCCGUGAACGGAAACCUUGAAGACUGCCUCACUCUCAACAAGGACGCGCCUAUACCAAGCAUCUCCUCCCUUCGCCAGGACGAGAUCCUCGUCGAAGUCAUCAGCGCAUCGCUCAACCCCGCCGACUACAAGGUCCCCGCAACACCUCUCAUCGGCCGCCUGCUGAUAUCCCGCCCUGCAACCCCAGGGAUGGACUUUUGCGGUCGCGUCGUCGGCACACACCCGUCGAAUACCACUUUCAAAGAGGGACAGCUUGUUUUCGGCGGCUAUGCAAUGAUCAACCAGAGGGGCGCUCUCAGUCAGUACACCGUUAUCCCCAUGGCCAAUGUCGCGCCUCUGCCAGAGGGGGUCGACCCGGACCACGCGGCGGCAGUGGGUACGGCUGCCACGACCGCAUACCAGUCCCUCAUGCCCGGCACGCUCCAACCCGGCGCGAAGGUCUUCAUCAACGGUGGAAGUGGAGGGACGGGGACCUGGGCCAUCCAGAUUGCCAAAGCGUUGGGCGCGGAGGUCGUCACGACGUGCUCCACCGUAAACGUUGAGCUCUGUAAACAGCUCGGCGCUGAUGAAGUCGUUGAUUACAAGACGGACGACGUGGUGGCGAAUUUGAAGGCGCGAGGUCCUGUCUUUGAUCUUGUUAUCGACAAUGUGGGCAGCACCACGGAGCUCUACGACCAGAGCAAUCACUACCUGAAGGCCGGGGGGACAUUCGUCUUGGUCGGCGUUGGCGCAGAUCUGUCGAUUUCUGGCAUCUUUUCGAAUCUCAGCAGACAAUUGCGCCCUGCGAUUAUGGGAUGCAGAGGUUUCUAUUUCGUUCAUCAGAAGAAUGAUAGCGAGUUCUUUAGUCGGAUUGGUGGGUGGAUGGCGGAGGGCAAGGCUAGAGCAAUUAUCGACUCGACAUUUCCGUUUGAUGACGUGCCCAGCGCUUAUAAGAAGCUCCGGGAGGGGAGAGCCAGGGGAAAGAUUAUUGUUCAUGUUGGGAGCAGGUAG